AUGUGGGAGAUAUAUAGUCUAAGAAGUAACUCUUGGAGGAAACUUGAUGUUGACAUGCCUUAUUGUACUAUGAAUGAUGGAGUGUACAUGGAUGGAUUUUGUCAUUGGUCGGGUAUAGAUAGUUUCCAUAGUCUUAGUAAGGUUGGGCCGUGUUUGGUAUCAUUUGACUUGUGCAAUGAAGUGUUCCUUACAACACCUCUUCCCUCAUACAUGGUUGACCAUUAUUAUCUUUUGCGCAUGGUGUUGUUAAAUGGAUCCAUUGCUCUCAUAAUAUAUGAUGAAUUGACUGCUUUUCACAUUAGAAUAUUGGGUGAACUCGGUGUGAAGGAAUCGUGGGAUAAUGUCUUCAUUGUCAAGCCCUUACCUUGCGCUCAACAUCUUAUUGGAGUAGGAGAGAAAGGCGGUAUAUUCUUGAGAAAAAAUGAUGAUGAACUAGUAUGGUAAGAUAUGAGUACUCAUACGAUUGAGGAGCUUGGUGUUAAA